CACUUCCGUUCUCCGGCAGCACAGCCAGCCAAUCAGGAGGCGCAGCGGAGAAUUUCGAACGGAUGGGGAACAAGACGGGAGGGAAGGAUAAACAAGAGCAGCCGUUCUCUCGCCGCCGCCGCCGCCGUCGUUAGGGGCUUGGGUGGACUCGUUCUCGCGCGCUUUUUUUUUUUUGCGCCGGCGCAUUUGAAGCGAAUGCUCAGGGCUCAGAGGACUCCGAAAGAGGGACGCCCGCGACCGCAAAAGGGUGCUUUCUAGGAGCAAUAUGGCUAGAGAAAGGUGCUUGAAAAAAUCAUUUAAAGACAGCCUGGAAGAUAUAAAAGAACGAAUGAAAGAGAAGAGAAAUAAGAAAUGGUCAAAGCUGGGCAAAGCUAACCAAGUCUUAACUACAAAGGGUAAAAUUACAGACAACUCUUUUACACAGCUGAAAAGCUGCCAAGUGAACAAUCGAGCAUUAGCCCUGGCUUUAGAAGAGGAAAAGAGGAAACUGAAGGAAGCACAAGAUAUUAUCCUGCAUUUAAAGAGAGAAUAUCAACACCUGAAGUUUCAGGUGUUUGUCCUGCAACGAAAGCUGGAAGCGCAACAAGGACAAAGACAUGAUGAGACUAAAUUAGUGGCUUUGAAGAAGAUUAUUUUGAAAGUUUUUCAAGAUUUGCGCAAUGCAGGAAACCUUCUUGGUCUGGCAAAUGAUCAGAGUACCACAGAUUUGAGCCAGUCUCCAAAUUUCUCACACCUUGAAGAAUAUGAUUCCAGUAGAUCAAGAAAUCAAGAUUCUCUGACUUUGCUAAGGCAUGUUCUUGCUGCUGAUGGUGUUGAAAAUACACCUCUGCUAGAAACAUCUCAAAGAAAUAUAGGUUGGCCUCCUAGUUCUCAGGAUGAUCAUCUGAACUGUGAGAACAGGUAUCCUUCAUUAAAUGAAACAGAUAGGCAAGUUGGUAGUGGCUUACCAAAAAGCAUAUCUAUCCGUCGUCGCUGUUUAGUGAUCAAAGGCCAGAAUGAGCUGUCUGUGUCUGAUAAUACGGGAGUAAUUCAGCAGAUAAAGGAUCUUUGUGUGCUAGAUAAAACCGGAUCUGAGAAAGAUGUAGAGGAAAGGAAUGAAAAAUAUGAAGAAACCAAUAUUUGUCAAGAGAACAUAUGUGACAUGAACACUGAUCAAACUCUGGAACAUUCGAAUAUGCUGACUGAUUCAAGUACCUUGGCAGCAGUCACAAAGCAAACUGAUUUUAAAAUUGCUGGAGGUUCUAAAACACAAAGAGAGAGAGGUCUGAAGAGAAAACUAGAAAUUAAGAAAAAUGGAAACAAACGGUCCCGGUCAAGAUCCCAAAAAAAGAGAAGCCACAGUGAACAGCACUGUUCAGAAGAAAAAAUAGAUACAUCAGUUGGUUGUAGCGAUGCUUAUGACUUUGUGCGUGAGGAAAGCAUCCAUAUUACACCUUUCCGACAAAACAAAGAAAAUGAAAAUAACACUGCUGACGAAAGUUGCAUACAAGAAACAGAACCUGGUAGUAGUGAAUCAUUCAUUUCAGAAGAAGACUCCGAUGACAGUCUCUACAUACCUUAUACCAGGAAAUCAAAAUCCAAAAACAGCUUGACCUGUAAAACUGAUGUUAGCCCAAAACACACAAGACGGCAACUGAGAAGGACUGAGUGCAAGCAACAUGAUAACUGCACCAAUGAGAGAAACAGGAAUAUUAGCCAAUCAGAGAAGUAUUUUGAUGAGGAAACUGUUGCAAGUACUUGCAAAAUUACAGAACAUAGUAACUGUGAAAAUAUGGAACAAAGUAGCGCAUCUGUCGGUAGAAGAAACAGCAGUCCUGAUGUUGCCAUGAUGGUUGCUGCGCGUGUCCAUUUGGCUCACACCAAAAUGGACAAGGACAAAGAAUGCAACAAGAAUUCUGAAAAUCGCAACCUUAAAAAAGAUGAACCAUCUGUGGUUCUUCCAAAAUGUCGUCUCCAUCUUGGCAAUAUUACCAACCUUGCAUCAUCAUCAUCUAACCAAACUAGAGCUUCUCACCCACCUCUGAAUACUGAAGUAAAAAAUACCUCUUACAGCCGACGCACGUGUACUCUUUUUGUUAGCUACAAGGAACCAAGUAUCAGAAGGAAGCUCAGAAGGGGAGACCCUUUUACAGACACUGGUUUUCUGAGCUCUCCAGUUUUCAAAGCGAAAAGGAGCAGCAAGUGCACAUCUGUUAAAAAGAAACCGCUGUCCAGAUAUAAUGAAGCUUUUGUUGGUUGUCUUUGAAAAUCUUUCAGUGGAGAAUAUCUGUGUUGAACUGUUUCCAUAUUCUUGCAUUAUAAAGGUAACGCUAAAGUUCUUUUGCUUGAUUAUGUUUGUAUACAUAGCUGUUGUAUUUCUGGCUAGAAUUAUGAAUUUAUAAUUAUUCUUUAUUCACACCAUAACACACAAUGACAGUCUGUAUAAGUUCAAAUUCUAUAUUUUAAAAAUCUUGAGCAAUAAUAUAUUGAAUGUGUACCUGUAAUUGUAAUUGCUGUAGUUUUCAGUGACACAUCCAACAUAAAUUGGAAAUCUGCUUAAGGAGAACAUGGAAAUAAACUUGUUCAUUUGAAGUUUGAGUUCUUAGAUGCAGAUCCUUUCAGCUGUAAAGGCUCUGUAAUUGCCAAACUUUUAAAUAAAAUUUUCUAAAUGAUUAUUUUCAAUGAAAUUGAUAAUUAAAUGUUUUUAAACUCUGGAAAAGUUAAUCCUGUUUACUAUAUUGGCUAUACUGUUGUUCUAGCAUCUCUCCACUUGCAGCUGUUCUGAUGGUCCAUGAAGAGAACAGGGCAACUACCUUGUAAUGUUAAGCUGCAGACCAGUGCAUGUUUAUCUGGAAUUAAACUACAGGUUUACAAAUAGGUGGGUGUAGUUCCACUCCACUGGCUCAGCUGAGACACCAGCUGCUUUGGCUCCAUGUCUCAUUGAAAUCUAUGUAUUCCAUGCAGCUCUUUUAAGAAUUAGUGCUUCAGAUUACUGUCACCCCUCCUGCUUUUCAAUUCCUACUCCUUUCAAGUUUUCUCUUUUUGAUGAUAACCCUGAUUGUAUUAUUUUAUUAUUGAUCUGUCAGCUGCUUUCGGAGCUUCUUCUGACUGAAAGUACCAUGGAAAAAGUAACUAAAUGUGAAGACAAGUAGUCCCUGGCAAAUAAUUGAAGAUCAUAGCAUUUUGGCAACAAUGGGUCCUUUUUAGUUGUAAACUGAUGUUUAUCUGCAGGAAAACUAAGGGCCACAAGUUGUUU